AAACGAUGCGGCGGUGAUCCGUCGUCUUGAAUUCUUCGCUCGUGACCAGAAAUUCCUAGAAAACUCUGGCGAGCGAAAGUUACCUCGUCUUUUCCUGUGACAUCGGAAGAAAUCUGCGUCGUGACUGGUGGGAUUUGUCUUUGCAGAUGCCUUAGGCAUGAAAGGCGGUUCCCAGGCGGAGAUGAUGGACACCGACGGCGGCGACUCGCCGCUUCCGCUCUUUCUCGACAAGUCCGACGCCGCGAGGGAUUUUGUCGCCGCGGCGAGGAGACUCAUCGAUCAAGGGAAGCCAUCUCAAGCUCUUCAAGCGGUAGUUAUGGCGACAAGAGCACAGGGAGGAGAUCAAGCCGUGAUCCAGAUCCUGAACCGUGCCCGUGAACUCUACAUCCAUAGAAUCCAAGAAACAGCUUCAGUGGAUCGGCUGGCGUCGUUAUUUGCAGAAUGCGCCAUCGCAGAAGCACACCCAUCAAAGCCCGACCCUCCACCAUCGAUCAACUUUCCGGGCGCCAACCAAACAGUCGCAUCGGAUGCACAUGGGGCAUCUAUACUGGCGGAAACCGGGCAAUCCCAGAUCAUGCUGGACGCGUUCGAGGAUGGAAGCAGCUUUAUCUGUUUGCAGUGUGGAGGCCUUGUGAGCAUCCACAGGAGAGAUGAGCACUAUGCGUACUGGUGCAGCAACAUGUGAUUUGCUUAUAACAAUAAUACUUCACAGAAAUUGAUCUGAUAAUACCCAUCCAUCCAUCUAAUGCCAUUUUAUCUGUGGAUACUUGGGGGUAAAAUCUUUUUUUUUUAACCUAUGAAACUGGUAAAUGUUUAUGCUGUAAUCUCUGGAUCCAGUCAUAGUUUGGUCCGAGACUUGUAAUAAUUUUCUAUUGAGGUUGAAGAUAAAAGAUGCAUCAAUGGCAGCUUCUCAA